CGCGGCGAGGCUUGCCGGGCUUGCAACGCCGACCUCGCUCCCUCCUUUUCUUCGGGCCCAAACGCAGGAAGGAGACGGUGGAGGGGGUCGAGCCGCUCCCUCCCGCCGACGAUGACUUCACCCUCCCCCAGCCGCAGCCCCGACUGCGACUGCCUUCUGCCCCCGGUGCGGACGGACGCGCAAGGCGCGUGGUCCCGGCUGCCUCCACGGAGCCCGCGCUUGGUAAGGACAAGCCGGUCCGCUGACUGACUGAGGGCUUCGUUCCGGCGGGUCGGUCGGUGGGUGGAGUGCGAGCGCCUACGGCGCCCUAGACUGGACGGCGAAGAAGGCCGUUUACUACCUCGAUGCGCACCUGAGCCCGCGCGGCUAAACUCGAGCGAUCCUACCGCAUUCGAAAAUUGCCAGCCCUUCUGAUUAGGCCCCUUGCUUUUCUUAUGAGCAAUACAGAAGAGAAGGACGGACGAAGAACAAGAAAGAAGGUUAUUAUUACCUUCUUUCUCAAACUCUCAAAAGGACGGAAAGGUCUCACCAAGUAUGCACCUCAAACGACCAAUGCCAAGUUCACAAUUUUGAAGGACAGCAGCAGGUUACUUUCUGUGAUGAUGAACCUGACGGAGUGGGCUGAAACAAAAUGGACAGAUCACUCAAAUUCCUCAACACAACUGCCUUCACCAUCUUGGGGCAGCAAUGACUCCUUUCCUUUCCAAGGGGAUCUCCAGGAGAUAAUCCACACAGCCACUUUAGUUACAUGUACCUUCCUGCUGGGCGUCAUUUUCUGCUUAGGUUCUUAUGGCAACCUUAUUGUUUUUUUGUCCUUCUUUGACCCAGCUUUCCGGAAGUUCAGGACCAACUUUGAUUUUAUGAUCCUCAAUCUGUCUUUCUGUGACCUUUUCAUCUGUGGAGUGACUGCCCCCAUGUUCACCUUUGCUCUCUUUUUGGAUUCUGCAGCUGGCAUCCCUGAUGCUUUCUGUUUUACCUUCCACCUUACCAGCUCUGGGUUUAUCAUCAUGUCCCUCAAGACAGUGGCUGUUAUUGCCCUUCACCGAUUAAGCAUGGUGUUAGGGAAGCAACCCAAUCGGACUGCCUCCUUCCCUUGCACUCUACUGCUUACCCUGCUCCUCUGGGCUACAAGCUUUACUCUGGCCACUCUAGCCACCAUGAGGACCCAUAAAUCUCGUCUUUGCCUUCCUAUUUCCAGCCUGAUCAGUGGUGAGGGAAAGAUCAUCCCUUACUUGUAUGUUAUUGACUUCAUCUGCUGUGUGACAGUGGUUUCAGUUUCUUAUAUCAUGAUAGCACAAGCCUUGAGGAAAAAUGCCCAAGUGAGAAAAUGCCCCCCCAUCAUCACAGUUGAUGCCUCCAGGCCUCAUCCUUUUGUUGGAACACUUGCUACUGGUUGUGCUGAUGGGGUACAGUGCACUAUGCCAGCUCUGUAUAGAAAUCAAAACUAUAACAAGCUGCAACACAUCCAAACACAUGCAUACAUGAAGAACUUUGGCCAGCUCUCCGCAUCUGCAGCCAGCAGAUUCCAAUUGGUGUCCAUGAUUAAUUUGUCCACAGCCAAGGACUCUAGAGCUGUGGUGACUUGCAUUGUUAUUGUUCUUUCUGUUUUAGUUUGCUGCCUUCCACUGGGCAUAUCUUUGAUACAGGAUGUUUUGUCCAAGAACAAUGAUAUUGUGCUUUAUCAAUUUGAGUUGUGUGGAUUUACGCUGUUUUUUUUAAAGUCUGGAUUGAAUCCUUUUAUAUAUUCCCGUAACAGUGCUGGUUUAAGAAGGAGGGUCCUUUGGUUUAUACAGUACUUGGCCUUUGUUUUUUUCUGUUGUAAACAGAAAACACGGCUUCAAGCUGUGGGCAAAGGGGGCCUGGAGGCCAACAGAAAUAAAUCAUCUCAUCAUGAGACCAACUCAGCUUAUAUGUUAUCUCCAAAGCCUCAGAAAAAGUUUGUGGACCAAGCGUGUGGCCCUAGUCGCUCUAAAGAAAGUGUACUGAGUCCUAAGGCUUCUGUUGGCCAUUAUUAUGGAGGAGGGCAGAGUAGUUCCACUCCCAUGAAUACCCGCAUUGAACCUUAUUAUAGCAUUUAUAACAGCUGCCCUUCUCAGGAAGUAAGCACUCCCAACAGCUUGCAACCAACAAACUCGCCAUUCAGAUAUGCCAACUCCUACAUUGCCAUGCAUUAUCACCCAACAAAUGACUUGGUGCGAGAUUAUGACAGUACUUUUGCUAAGCAGAUACCAGUGCCCUCGGUGUAGCUGGUGGGAGCCAGCAGUGCCCAAUGUUCUACCAUAAUGGUGGCUAUCCUAUCUUGGCAAGUUGUGCCAUGAGUCAUCCAUAUUAUAUUGUAUCACUAUUGCAUGUGCAUGAAUGUUCAGCUCCUCCAUGUGUUAUGUUGGCUUUGCUUCAGUCAGGCAGCAGCCGGGCUAAGAAAGAUAGGACUGCAAGCUUCAUGGCUUAGCCAGGCUUCUAAGUUCUGUAUGUGUCUUGCAAAUUACUGUCCCAUAUUCUGCACAUUUCAUUAGUAGUGUUUCUCCUUUUUAAAGAUUUCUGAGUGUCUACAGUAUUAUAACACCCAGAAGAUUUUUUUUCAACUCCAACAAAUAUCAUUUUUAAAAAAAAGUCUGCUACCACAAAUCACCGCUGUUUUAUGUUUUAUAAUUUAAUCAGGUUUUGCUUGUUUAUAUAGCGAGUGCUUGAAAAUGUAGGUUUUACAAAGUUGCUUUUUAAAACAUUUCUACUAAGAGUUAUGUCUAUUAUUAAUUUAGCAUGGAACAUAUUUUUGCAGAAGACAGUUAUGUUAAUUAUGUACAAAGAUAAAAGUAAGUUAUUAAAUCUAGUAUCCAGUUCAGAGUUGUGCGAUUUCUUUUGUGAUUCCCUCUCAUUCUAUUGACAUUUGCUUAGCUGAUCACUUUUAACUUUUUCAAAAACAGAAACUGAAUCAAAGCCAAUGUAGAUGGAGUACUGGGAGAUAUAAUAUUGUCUCACAAUAAAUUAUUUUUUUUGUUUAUGCCACUAAACUUUUCAUUACUUUGAAUAACUGCAGCCCUUCUCAGUCUUAGGUCUUUUCCUACUACAAUGACAUUUAAGACUCUUAAGGCAUGUAAGAUACUUCUUGGCAAUAUUUUUUUUCCUGUUCUGUCUUCAUGAUGUUGCCUUCAUCUCAUCUCUAUGUACCUUAAAACUAAAACCAUUCUUAGCAGUUGUUCCAGUAUUAGUUUACUGUUUUUCCUUCAAGCAGGCAAACCAUGGCAAUUUUGCUAUGGGUGCAAUCUGCUGGGCUUUAUUUUAUUGAUAUCAGAGUAAGAUGAAUGCUAAUGGGUUGGGAUAGCCAGUUUAGACUAUUGCUGGCACUCUUUCAGUUCCUGGACAAUCUCCUACAGAAGCAAUCUGCUUCAGUUAUCAUCUUAAAAUCUCAAGUAGCUACAAAGCAACUAAACUGAAGCAACAAUAGUGGGCUGCAUUGGCAAAUGAGCAAGAAAAAUAUCCCCCCAGUUUCAUUUCAGUCAAAGUUCCAGUGACUUUCAGCUUUUCAGUAUGGGUUUAGCCCUUUUGUAACAGCAUUAAACCUAUCCCCAAAGGAACCAAAAAACGUUACCUACCAGUCAGGUUGGUUUUGGUCAUGAGUUAAAUAUUAUUCCAGAAUACCACACUAGUCAAAACAGUUGUACAAAAACAAAGCAAGACUUUAGAGAUGCCUAAACCAGUGGGUUUCAUCUCUUAAAAUUUGUCUGCUCCCCAUGCUAUGUUAGAAAUAUGUGAUAGAUACAAUACAAUACAAUAGCAGAGUUGGAAGGGACCUUGGAGGUCUUCUAGUCCAACUCCCUGCC